CGGGUCGAGUAGGGAAGUGGGCGGAGCGUGGAACGGCUAGUUAGGACUCGGAGAACGGGGGAGAGCGGCCGACCGACCCGGUGUGCGGGAUCCCAGCCUUGUCUGCCGUCCUCCUUCCUGCGGAGUCCUGAGCUGUACAAAACAAGACGAUGGGUAGAAUCUUCCUGGAUCACAUCGGAGGAACCCGACUCUUCUCCUGCGCAAACUGCGACACGAUCCUGACCAAUCGCUCCGAGCUCAUUUCCACCCGGUUCACCGGAGCUACGGGCAGAGCGUUCCUCUUUAAUAAGGUGGUAAACUUACAGUACAGCGAAGUCCAGGACCGCGUCAUGCUCACCGGGCGGCACAUGGUGCGAGACGUCAGCUGCAAAAACUGCAACAGCAAACUGGGCUGGAUCUACGAGUUUGCCACGGAGGACAGCCAGCGCUACAAGGAAGGGCGCGUCAUCCUGGAGCGGGCCCUGGUGCGGGAGAGCGAAGGUUUCGAAGAACACGUUCCGUCCGACAAUUCUUGAAGCGCUUUUUGUCCGAUCUUUUCUUUUCUUCUCCGGAUUACAACUCUUUACAAUGUAUUUGCAUACACUGUUACCUUAGCCUCCGAGUCGCAUUAUGUGAUGGGAUAGAGGGACUGAGAAAAGGCCUGAAAAGCGAUCAGUUAUUUUAGAUUUUAGGUUACCUGCCACCUCCAGCGUAGAUUCCACCAGUGCUGACCUAAACAUAUUCAUUUCACCCCUAUAGCGUGGGGGCCCGGUGGCCCCUCAUCCCCUGCCUGCCAAUCUGGCAAAUGCCUUUAUAUUAAUAUUUACAUUUGUAAUCAAACUCUUCGUUUCCUAACUUCUGUUGUCUUCAUCUCACUUUAUAUAACCCUAUUUUGCUUUGUAUUUAGACUUUCUCCUUUCACCAGCCUCUCAUCAUCAGCUUAUAAGCAGAAUUUUCAGGGUCCAGUGUUUGCGGACGCUUGCGCUGGUCAGCGCCUCUUAAACAGCUGGGGGUUGUUGGGUGAACCAGAUUCCUCCUCCAUGUAUCCAUCUGUAAAACGCAGAGUCCAACCUGCCCCGUUGUUUGUCAUCUCUUGGUUGUGAUGCAGUUGGUGUGGAUUAAAAUUAGAAAAAAACAUUA